AAGGGAGUGUGUGCUGGUGUAAGUAUUAUAAAUUUGCUUUAAUACUUAAAGCAAAGCAAUAAUACUUAUUGCUUAUUAUUUAUUUAUUUAUUAGCAUUUUGUCGGCGGGGAUGGGCCAACAGCGUCCCAUCCUUAUCCGACACCAGCAGACGGAGCGCGAGUGCAUAAAGCUAGGCGCGUACCAAAAAGAGCAUCGGAAAGUGCAAGUAGGCAGGACAGCAAAGACAAGAGACCAUCGAUUAGAGCAGAGAGCUUGGAUACCUACGAUGCUGCAGAAAACAAUGAUGCAGACAAAGGGAUAGAGGUGCAAACAGAUGAACAUUGGAUUUCGCCGCUGGAUAUGCUUGCAGUGACUGCAGAGUUGGAAAUGGCAAAAACUGAAAUCAGUCGCUUACAAGCAAAAGUGGAAAAUUUAGAAACAGAGCUACAGAAAGAACAGAAACGAAAACUGUUUGGUAUUGAUGUUGUUGUUGAAUCUGAGAAGAACAGCAAAAAAAAUCUGUGUGUAUAUUAUACAGGACUUACACUAGUCCGUUUCAUGUCACUAUUUACAUUUCUCUUGCCAAAGAGGGAGACUUUGACUUAUGAUGAAAACAGAAAUGACAUUAGAGAAAUGUCAGCAGAAAAUGGACUUUUCCUGACUAUGUGCAGACUAAGACAAAACUUUGGUCUGUUCGAUCUAGCAACACGGUUCGGCAUUUCACAACAGUCAGCUGGUAUAGUAUUUAACACUUGGAUUGACAUUAUUUAUCUUAAGCUGUGCACUGUUUCUAUCUGGCCACACAGACAAACUAUAAUAGACAACAUGCCAAAAGACUUCAAAGCUAAUUUCCCUACAACAUUAAUUAUUAUUGAUGGAACAGAAUUAAAAACAGAAUCCCCCUGGGCCCAUGGUGUGCAAUGCCAACUAUAUAGCGAUUAUAAGUCUACCACAACAUUCAAGGCACUCAUAGGUUGUGACUCUCGGGGGUCUUUCAUGUUCACAUCAGAAUUAUUCACAGGAUCAAUAUCAGACAAGGCCAUUACAAAAGCAAGUGGUUUUUAUGAAACCAUACAACAACUGAAGGACGUUGGUUACAUUCAGAAUGGUGACGGUGUCAUGGCAGACAAAGGGUUUACAAUCAAGGAUGAGAUAAAUGCCCUUGGUCUGUCCUUAAACAUACCACCUUUUGCCUCAGCAGACAAACAGUUGUCUCAGGCAGAUCUUGCACUAACUGACAAAAUAGCAAGACACAGAGUGCAUGUUGAACGACUCAUUUCUCGCAUUAAAGAUUUCAAAAUAGUUGGUUGUACAAUUCCUGCUAUAUUAUUUCCUAAGUUAAACAGAAUAUGGGCUGUGUGUUGCUACUUGACACUUUUCCAGGGCUUUGUUUUGAAGAAAAUGUAAGAACAGUAAUACUAGUCUUGUUUUAGUACACAUUUCAUUAAUUUUUACCUGAUAGGAAACAGCUGACCCAAUUUGCACUUCUCCCAGGGGUGUAGAGACAUUUGGUGCUGAAGGCGUCAGCAUAUAUGUCAAUGGAGUACCAUGUAAUAAUUUCAGUGCAGCUAUCUCCUCGGGUUCAACCUUUGUCACU